AUGAGUCUGGAGCAGCUGUGCACUGUGAUCUGCGGACUCCUGCUUCUCCUUGUCCUGACUGGGGGUCAGGACUCUGCCAGUCCCAUCCGGACCACGCACACGGGGCAGGUGCAGGGGAGCCUCGUCCAUGUGAAGGGUACCGAAGUGGGGGUCCACACCUUCCUGGGAAUUCCCUUUGCUAAGCCACCCCUGGGGCCGUUGCGGUUUGCACCCCCUCAGCCUCCAGAGCCAUGGAGCGGUGUGAGGAAUGCAACUUCCUACCCAGUCAUGUGUCUGCAGGACAUCGCUGCAAUGAAAUUUGUGGUUCAGAUCCAGUUGAAUAUGACCCUGCCUUUUACUCACAUAUCUGAAGAUUGCUUGUACCUCAAUGUUUAUACACCUGCCCACACCCAUGAGGGCUCCAACUUGCCCGUGAUGGUAUGGAUCCAUGGCGGUGGGCUGGUGAUGGGCAUGGCCUCCAUGUAUGAUGGCUCCGUCCUGGCGGCCUUUGAGGAUGUUGUGAUAGUCACUAUCCAGUACCGCCUGGGUAUCCUGGGCUUUUUCAGCACUGGAGACAAGCAUGCAGCUGGCAACUGGGGCUACCUGGACCAAGUGGCUGCACUGCGCUGGGUCCAGCAGAAUAUCGCCCACUUCGGAGGCAACCCUGGCCGUGUCACCAUUUUUGGCGAGUCUGCAGGUGGCACAAGUGUGUCCUCUCAUGUCGUGUCCCCCAUGUCCCAAGGACUCUUCCAUGGGGCCAUCAUGGAGAGUGGUGUGGCUUUGCUGCCUGGCCUCAUCACCAGCUCAGCUGAAGUGAUUUUCACAAUGGUGGCCAACCUAUCGGCCUGUGGGCAGGUGGACUCAGAGGCCCUGGUGGACUGUCUGCGGGGCAAGAGUGAGGAGGAGAUUCUAGCCAUCAACAAGCCCUUUAAGCUCACCCCAGGUGUGGUGGACGGGGUCUUCCUGCCCAGGCACCCCCAGGAGUUGCUGGCCUCUGAUGACUUUCAACCUGUGCCCAGCAUCAUCGGUGUCAACAAUGAUGAAUAUAGCUGGUUUGUUCCAACGAUGAUGCCUCCUGAGUUUGGUGACCUGUUGGUAGAGGAGUACAUGGGGAAUAGCAGUGACCCCCAGACCCUUCGAGCCCAGUUCCAUGAAAUGAUGGGAGACACCAUGUUCGUGAUUCCUGCCCUCCAAGUAGCAAAUUUUCAGCGUACCCAUAGCCCUGUCUACUUCUAUGAGUUCCAGCAUCGACCCAGUUUCUUAAAGGACAUCAAACCACCCUAUGUGAAAGCCGACCAUGGUGAUGAGAUUCUCUUUGUCUUCGGAGCCUUCUCGUGGAGAGAAUACAUUGAAAUCACUGAGGAGGAGGAGUUGCUGAGCAGGAAGGUGAUGAAGUACUGGACUAACUUUGCCCGAAAUGGGAAUCCCAAUGGCGAAGGUCUGCCCCACUGGCCAAUGUUCGACCAGGAGAAUCAGUAUCUCCAACUGAAUACGAAGCCUGAGGUGGGUCAGGCCCUGAAGGCCCACAGGCUCCAGUUUUGGACAAAGACCCUGCCCCAGAAGCUCCAGGCACUAACAGAGGCCAAGGAGGAGCAUGCAGAGCGCACAGACCUGGGCCUGGGGCUGGGCUCCAGCCAGGUAGGUGGGCCACGCUUUCAUAAUUCCUUCAGCUCAGUGGGGCUAAAGGGCAGGGAUCUCACUGUACCCACCACUUCGGUGCAUGGUCAACUGGGAACAAGGCACACAGAGAUGGUGUCAAGAGCUGGGUGGAGGGUUCAGGUCUGGGUGGCCUGCCUGCUCCUGGCAUUCCCUGCCAUGGCUACUGAACACAGAGUCUCUCAGCCUGAAGUGGACACAGCUCUGGGUCGUGUGCGAGGCCGGCAGGUGGAGGUGAAGGGUACAGCCCACCGAGUGAAUGUCUUUCUAGGCAUCCCAUUUGCCCAGGCACCACUGGGGCCUGGCCGGUUCUCAGCUCCGCAGCCAGCACAGUCCUGGGAGGGUGUGCGGGAUGUCAGCACAGCCCCUCCCAUGUAA